AUGCGCAAAGGCCGAACCAAUGAGGAGCAUCGCAACAAUGAACAGGCAGACCAAGCUGUACAAGUCAAGGGAUGGGAGAGGAAGGCAGAAGAGGGAGAGGAGUCGGAGAGGAGGCGGCCCGGCCGGAGCAGAGAGACGGGGCUGUCGGGGGCAACGGGAGGCCAGGCGGCGUAUCGGCGAAUUGGGCGCUGGCGGGGAGCGGGACUGGCGGCGCUGGCCGCGGUUCUACUCGUGUCUGCAGGCAGAGCUCAGGUGCAGCAGGACCAAAAGGUGGAGACAACGGAGGGCAGCGAAAUCACCAUCAAGUGCUCUCACGCCAACCUACGAAUGGGCGAUUUUAUCCCUUUCUACCGGUAACUCCCGGACCACUACCGCGAACUCCUCGCACGCGUUGCUAAAGGGUCCAGAGAGCUGCGGGCGCCAGCGGGGCGGCUGUCGUUGUCGGAAGAUGGUCUUUGGACUUGCCUCUUGCUCUCCGAGCCCCGUGCUGGGGACGCGGCGCUGUAUUCCUGCGCCCUGGCGGACACGGAUUCAUUGACACGGUCGUCCUUGCAGAUUUUCUUAGAAAUACACAACUCGGUUAAUUGUUCCUACUGCGGAGCAAUGUAG